AGAUUCUAAAUAAAAUUUAAACGGUUUUAAAAGACAUGUUAUCUUAUUUUAUUAAUAUUUUCUAAACUUUUGAGAGUUAUUUAAUAAAAUAAUUGUGUAUUCUACUAGUAAAAUCAGCCAAACAUGCUUGUUCAUAUUAUGUGAAUCUCAGUGCCAAGCUGUUCCAAAAGAUAAAUUGUGUAGUUUUAAUUAAUCUUUUUAACUAAGAAAAUGAUUCUUGGAGGCAGUCCUAGUCGUGAAUCAGGGGUGGUUAGUGAUUGUGACACCAUGGCUGAGCUAGCAGCCCUACUUCGGGCAGAAAUUCCCGAGGGUAGAAAUAAUUUGACUGAUAAUCACACCAAUUUGGAACGUGUUGCUGAGUACUGUGAAGCAAAUUAUUUUCAAUCAGAAAAUAAACGGGUUGCUUUAGAAGAAACCAAAAAUUACACAACUCAAUCUCUGGCUAGUGUUGCGUACCAAAUAAACACUCUUGCAUAUAAUUUUUUGCAAUUACUAGAAUUGCAAUCGGCACAAUUAUCAGAAAUGGAAAGCCAAAUGAAUCACAUUUCACAAACUGUUAUGAUCCACAAAGAAAAGGUUGCUAGGAGGGAGAUUGGUGUAUUGACUGCUAAUAAAUCAACAACAAGACAAUAUAAGAUUAUUGCACCAGCUAACCCAGAAAAGCCCAUUAAAUAUGUUAGAAAACCGAUUGAUUACUCGGUAUUGGAUGAUAUUGGACAUGGUAUUCACAGCAGUGGAACCCCACGACAGCCAAAGCAAAGGGGCACAAGUCAGGGCAGUAUUCAGUCAUUAACAAACAAUGCUGUUGGUCCAGCACCAACAACAAAACCUCCAACGCCACCACAAGUCUCCCGGUCUGGAAGCAAAGUGGCUGUAUCUGGUGGAACAUUGAGUAAAGGUUCCAGAGAAUAUCGUACACCCCCUGCAGUAGCCCCACCUCAAGUACCUAGUCAUUAUGCACCUAAUUACCCCAUAGGUCAUGCUAGGCGUGAACGGGGACCUGGUUAUAGUACUUUGCCAGUUAAUACCAACUCUCACCAGGGGGCUCCUUCUCCACAGAUUGGAAUGGUUCAUCCCAUGAAUGUUUCUCAACAACACCAAUUAAUACAAAACCACAACCAUCAGCAACAGCCUCAACAACACCCUCAAACUCCUCCACCUCCCCCUCCUCCUGUUUCCACCUCAUAUGUUCCUGAUCAUCAUUUAAGUAUGCCACCUCCUCCUUCACCCCUUGUGACAGCACAUGAAAUGAACAUCCCUGAUAUUUCCCACCACCAAUCGAUGAUGGUGUCCCAUCACAAUCCCAUAGCCCAUGGUGGGUUAGGCUUGAACACUCUUUCACAUCACCAGAGGAUGACUCGUAGCAGUGGUGGAAACCACUCUCCACCAUUGCCUCCUCCACCACCUCCAGAAGACGAAAACGAAGCAUUCGGAAGACCUAGGUCUUCAGGUGUGAUGCCCAUUGUUCCUGACGAGGAAGAUUUACCCGGAUGGGUACCUAAAAAUUACAUCGAAAAAGUCGUGGCCAUCUACGAUUAUUAUGCUGAUAAAGAUGAUGAACUGAGUUUUCAGGAAAGUUCUGUUAUUUACGUAUUAAAAAAGAACGAUGACGGUUGGUGGGAAGGAGUCAUGGAUGGGAUAACAGGUUUAUUUCCUGGAAAUUAUGUCGAACCUUGUGUUUGAAUAUUAAAAAAAGAAUGGGGGAUGAAUAAUAAUACGUACCAUUAGUGGUUUUAUUUAUUUAAUACACAUUUCGUUGAAUUUUUUUUUGUAAUUUUAGCGCUUUAAAAAAGUAAGCAUUAGAUUAAAACCAGAUAUAAGCAUUUAUAAUAAUUACAAU